GGAGAGCUUUAUCUGUUAGUUUUCUGCUUCUAGAUGAGCUUUAGAAAGUGGUUUCUGGGUUUCAUGCUUACACAGCUCACAAACUUGCACGGUGGGAUGGCUUCAGAGUCUUACUGCCAUGGGACUAGCAGUACCUGUGAAAUGAACAAGAGGGGUAUCCUGUUAUCUGCCAAAGCAUCAUGGACUCAACUGGAUGACGAUUCUCUGACUCCAGCUGUAGUAGACAACCCUCUUCCUCUUUCACAGCUUGAAGAUUCUAAAGAAGAAAAUAUUCGCCACUGGCUGGAUUCUGGAUUCUUCUUGUCUACAAGUGAAGAUUUACAACAAGACAGAGAAAAAGCAGUUUCCUUGGCUAACCCAGUAAUGGUGCAAAUGACUGUGCAAAGCUAUAUGAGAUCUCUGCAUCAGUUUUCAGAAACUCCUGUUAUGUCAAGAUGGAACAGUUUCAACUCGUCCCAUUCUCUUGCUAGUGCACCGAAAAGCAUCACUGAAUGGCUGGAGCUCUGGGAAAAUGAUCCAGUUGAGAUUCUACUGGAUUUGGGGUUUGGGACAGAAGAACCUGACAUUUGCACUAAAAUCCCUUCUCGAUUUAUCAAUAAUGCUUCCGUAGCAAAAGGAAUCAACAUCCGAGUCUUUCUGGAAGCUCAAAAGCAGCGUAUGGACCUUGAGAAUCCCAAUUUAUAUGGGCGUUUUCGACAACUGGAAGUCCUGGAUCAUGUGACUAGUGCCUUCUCCUCUUUGCUGAAUGGUGUUAACACCCAGCAACAGAAAUCAGAGGAGAGUAAUGGGGAAGAAAAGAGCAUGACGGACAUUCAGAGGAACAAAGCUGAGGCCACACGAGUGAAGCGGAGAAGGCUAGGUCAUUUCCUGAGAAAAGCUUCUAGACAGGCAAUAGUACUGCAAAGGAGUGCUCAGGCUUCUGGAAAUUCAGAGUCAUUCAAGGAUAGAGAAGAACAGUCUCCCAUCUACGCUGAGAUGGACCAAUGCAUAGCAAUCAGGACUGGCUUUUCUGAAAAUAAUACCUUGGUGGGUCUGAGAGAGGAACAGUCUUCCACUGAGGAUGAUGCACUGACAUUAUCCCGGCUGCCACAGGCUCCAACAGGGAAAUCUCAGGUUUUGUCAUAUAUACCUAUAAAGCAGCCCCAGAUUCCUUCUGCAUCGGAGAUGGCUGUCAAAGACAGACCAAGGAAGGAGUCCAAUUUGCUCUUGACUCACAUGCUCAGAAGGGUGUCUGGUACAAAGGACAAGCCUCCAGAUUCAUUUGAAAUGGAAGAGAUCCAGAGCUUUGAGGAUGAAACUCCAGGGGGAAAUCUUCAUGGCAGCACUUCAGAAGUGCUGGUGACAAGAACAAACAGCUGCCAGUCUGACAGCAGUGGAUUUCUAGAAGAACCAGUGGAGCCUUUAUCUUUACAAAAUCCACCUUUUCCAGGACAGCUGAACCUUAGCUGUGAUACCCAUGACCGAAAAGGAGCUCUGCCACAUAGAACAGCUCUCGCUGUGUCACACCAGGAUUUUCAUCAAAAGUCAAAGGGCCCUGUUGCUAACGCCUCCACUGCAGAUUGCAAGAACAUUUCAAGGGUGUCUAGUCCAGACAGAGAACACAAGGACCAGAGGGAAGAGACCGCCCUCUCACUAAUUGUGGAAGAUGGUCUAAAUCAAGCCUUCAGUGAUCAAUCAGAGGAUUUUGUCAAAGAAAUGGUGUACGAUCCGAAUAAGCAGGAGAUUAAAAUUGGAAGAGGGCAACUGGAGAAAGAGGAGAGCUGCAUACAACAGCAAACUGCUGGUAGUCAGGAUUUAGGAGAUAUUGUUACCCCAGAACUUGACUGUCAUUUAUACUUCAGUUCAGUACCCAAAAGUCCAGCUCCAGCUCACACUGAAGAGAAUGGCACAACUCCCAUUGACUUCACUGGCAGUGGAGCCUGCGCUAAACAAGAGACAAGAGAGAGACCUUUGACUGAGGAGGAUGCUGGGAAAGUAUUUAAGGAAAAUAUCCAGGAAGGUAUUACAGGACAUGUAAAAGGAAAGCAAUGUGAUAAGGAGAUUUUCAGUAAAGUUGAUACCCUGGUUCCAGUCACCAAGGCCACAAGUGGUCAGCAGUUUUGCAAACUGGACACUGAUAUAAACAGUAUAAGCUGCUCUUGUGAAACAGGGACACCAGAGACCCAAUGGCAGGUCUCACAAGUACAAAAUGAAAGCAAGGUUAUUUCAAGCAGUUUUUUACAAGUGUCUAACUUUUCUGCUUACUGCCCAGAGUGCAUAUCUGAAUUUAGUUCCCAGGAAAGCACAGAGACUUGCUGUUUGGGUGAAAUAUCAGGAGCCACCAAAUUGGAGAAGGAUGAUUCUGUCCAAAAUGUUGAAAUACGCACUAACCCCUCUAAGUCAGUUACUGUUCAGAUGGCUUCAAGGCUGGUGUCCACUGUGCAAAAAGUUUCCCUGAGUGAAGGCCUUGGCAAAGGCCAGUCUUUAGAAAUUAAAUCCAUAGAGUCCCAGUGCUCUGAGAGUGAGCUAGUAAUUACUUCACAACUGGCUACUUUGAAGGAAAGUCUAAAGGAGACAAGGGAAGCUUCAAUUCAAACUGACACAAUUGGAAUAAAAACACGAAAUCAGUGGUCUGACCCAAAUCUUCUCCCUCCAUUCUGUAGACAUGGUCAUCUCACAAAAUCAGUCUCCCUAGACACUGGGCUUUAUGGGAAAUACAGAUCAUCCUAUCAUCAAACAUUGGGUGCCCAGCCUGCCCAGUGCGGUCACAGCUGUCAUUGUGUCUGCUGCCAUCAUUGCUGCUUUCAGUGGGCCUUUCCCUUCACUGCUUCCUCCAAACAUCCUGGAGCCUGUUGUUCAAAUCACAUGACCAUAGAGUUGCAGCUUUUGAAAACAUUAGAGCUCCUGCAGGAUACAGCAGUGAGGAGUAUUUCUCCAUGCACAAUUAAUGAAAUAGAAGCUAUGAAGAGUUCUUGCCAGAGUUUCCGGGAGAAGCUAGAUGAGAUUGAGCAGCACCUGAUAGAGCAACAGGAUCUUUUUCCCAGUGCUAUGUCAGCUGAAGGAAGGGAGGAAAAAAGACAACUGCAGGUAUUACGUCAAGCUGUUCGUCAUGAGGUUUCUGAACUGGAAUUCCAGCUGAAUGAUCGCGCUCGCCAGGUUAGGGAGGGAAUGCUGAUGCAGCUGGACCAAUUACUAGGAGAACAAUCCCAUCUGUUUUCAGAGCUUGGACUCCCUGAUAGGUGGGAAGAAAGAAAUGCCCAGAAUAAACAAGGUGUUCCAGAUGCUGCUGACACUAUGCAUCCUAGAGCUGGGUGCUCAGAGACAGUAGUUCCAAGACGCCUGAGCAGAAGUGAAACAUUCCCAUCAACUUCAUCAGCCUCAAUGCCAGGAACACCAGAGAUGCAGUUUCCUGCUGUGGCAACAGCAGAGCUAGACCCAUGGGAACUCCCCACCAGUAAAAAGGAAAUAAAAAGUCCUCCCCAGCCAAAAAUUGACUUUAAGGCUUUUCUACGGAGUCUUAAGAAAUCAUUCCGAAAUUUUCAGUAAUGACAUAGCAGAACAAAGAGAUUGAUGGAAGACUGACAACUGUGGACUUUUUUUAAAAAAUAGUUAUGACUUCUUCCUACAACAAACACUUUAAACUAUCUGAGGCUUUACAAAAACAGAAUGAAACAGCUGUCAUUUGCAGCAGGGCAUUCUAUAUAUUUUUGCAGUGGAGGCCUGCCCUGAAAGGAAACCAUUUUAAGGAAUUAUCUUGAUGGGUGGGCCAUGUAUUGUGCUGUUCUGUGGUCAUAGAAUUUACUACACGCCUUUUGCCUAUCAUUUGGCACAGUAUUAGACGCCAGAUUGUAAGCUGUCAUUUCAAAAAACGGUUGAGCCCUCAUAGUUGUGAAGAAAAUCCUGGAAAAGUGAACCAAGUAAACUGAUCCUGCACUGUCUUCCUGUACCUGCACCCAGCCUGAGAAAAUAACUUGGAAAGGUAUUAACUGCUGGUCAUUGGACUUGAAGCAUCUAGCUAACAUUAAUCCUCCACUCCAAACUUCCUCCCACACUUUUCCUAUCCAGCCAGUAAAACCUCCAUCUUCUCCCGACAACUUCCAUGAUGGAUGUAUCUAUCGUCGCUAUAGAAAUCUGCAGCAAUAUGUGGACAGCAUACAAUGUAGAUUGAAUUGAUUACCAAACUAUAUAACACAGUGAGUAUUGUACUGAUUGUAUUAGUCAUUUCAUAUUUAAUUCAUAGAAACCAAUUUUAAAAUAAUAUAACUGAAACCACUGCAAAAAAACCGGCGGAACCCAAGAAGGCUGCAGGAUCCACGGCCAUUGCCUCAGCAUUCUGGUCCAGUUUGCUGUGGAGUACAUAGGGCUUUGAUCUAGACACAUAAUCUAUUAGCUUGGAAAGCAUGUAUAACCUCACAGGCACCUCUGGUUUUACCAGCUGCAUAUGGGAUGGCAAUACAUAAAGUGUUCAAUAUUAGAGACAUGGUAUUUUGUAUGACUGCUUUUUAGCUUACCGCUUUACAUCUACAAGGAUUGCCAGACAUCUAACCAUUUGUUUAAUGCUGUGAAGGUGUGUUUGUGUCAUUUAGGCCUUCAUCUUUCAAGUCUUUCCCCAGUGUGGAAGUGGAAGUGCAAGUGAAGGCAUCACUUGCUCAGCAGUAAAAUUAAGUGCUGAAUGGUAGUAAAGAUCCAUUUCUGUCCACUUACAGUGCACAGGGUAACAAGCAAGCAGGGCAAGGCUGUCAUUGGCUUAAGCAAAAACCUCAACAAGUUAAUGGGGUGUUUAUUUAAGCACUACUGUUGUAGGGUGAAAUGCACCCCUCUGCAGAUGGCCAGCAUGGGACCUGUGCACCACUUACACCCUGUUUGAAGGCGUAAGAGGGACUUGUUAGCCCUCGGCACAGGGGUGAAUUUCACCUGCCAGUUAGUAGGCAGGAGUAACCUGUCACAGCAACCCCCUUUAAAAUGUCUGUGUGUGCUCCCCUCACUCAUCACUUUCUACUUUGCACUUAUAUGUUCCACCCUCUGAGGGUGAGGAUAUGUCCCGUUUCGGCCAGGACAGUCCCUUUUUUAAGCCCUGUCCCGGUUGUCCCAACUUUUUGGGCAAAGGCAACAGUUGUCCCAUUUGCUCUUGCUGACUUCAUCAGCUGACAAAAGCAAACAGGCCAAAUGCCCAUUUUUGUCAAAAAAGCGAGGUGCGGCGGGGGGAGUGGUGGUGCCAGCACCAUGCAGGGGGGGGAGGCAGAGCUGUGAGGAUACGUGAACCCAGCCCCGUGUGGGGGAGGGGGAUGGAGCAGGUAGGGCUUAGGUGAGCUGCAACCCCCAGUCUCACAGGGUGGGAGAGGCACGGCUCCUGCGAGCUUUCACCCCCAGCCUUGCGCGGGAGCGGCAGACAGGCAGGGUUCAGGAGAGUCGCUUCUCAGGUCUCGCGGGGGGGGGACGUAGGCAGAGCUUGGGCAAGCAGCAAUGCCAGCCUUCCAUGGGGGGCAGGGGGAGAGAAGGGGCAGAGCUUGGGUGAGCAGCGACCCCCACCCCAUGCAGGGGCCAGGGGGUCAGGCCGGGGUUGGAUGAGCAGCGACCCCAGCCUGAGGUGGAGGGGGGGAACGGGGCAGGCAGAACUGAGGGAAGCAGCGACACCCCCCCACAGUCUCACAUAGGGAGGAAGGGGUAGGAAGGGCUGAAGAGAGCAGCCACCCCAGCCUCGCACGCAGGGAUCUAGUGAAUAGCGACCCCCCCAGCCCCGCUUGGGGGAGGGAAGGGUUCGAGUGAGCCGUGACCCCAGCCUCGAGUGGCAGAGGGGGCAGCAGCAGGAAGGGCUGGGGGAGACGUGAUCCCAGUGUCAUGUAGGGGACGGGGACGGGGCAGGCAGGGCUUGGGCAAACAGCAACCCCCCCCAGUCUCGCAUGCAGGCAGGGCUCGGGCUAGCAGUGACCCCCCCCCCCGCUUCACACAGGAGGGGGCAGCAAGGGCUCAGACAAGCAGUGACUCCCCCAGCCUUGCGCAGGGGAGAGGGCAGGUAGGGUUGCCAACUUUCUAGUCGCACAAAACUGAACACCCCUGGCCCACCCCAAGGCCCCGCCCCUUCUCCAAGCUCCUGCCCCCACUGGCUCCAUUCCCCUCUCGCUGUUGCUCAUUCUCCCCCACCCUCAUGCACUUUCACCAGGCUGGGGCAGGCAGUUGGGGUGCGGGAGGGAGGGGGGGGGCGGGUGAGCGGAUGUGGUCUCUGGCUGGUGCUGUGGCCAGAAAUCAGGGGUUCAGGAUGGGGGGCAGUGGGCUCCAUGCUGGGGCAGAGAAUUGGGGCCGGGGAUGAGAGGUUUGGGAUGCAUUGCUAGUUUCCUUAAUAAAAUUGAUUUUUAAUCUA